AUGAUGUUCAAAAAAUCAAUUAUUCCAUUAGCUUUAGCUUCCAUGGUUUUAGCAGAUGACCCAACUACAACCUACACUUCAACUCUUUUGGUCACCGAAACUUUAUUGAGUCCAUCAGAAUCCUCUGCUUUACAAGCUUCAUUAGAAUCUGCCUCUGAAGCGUCUGUUUACUCUGCGUCAGUCGCUUCAGAAUCACAAGCAUCUGCUUAUGCUGCUUCAGCUUCCAGUGCUUCAGCUGCUUCAGUUGCUUCAGUUAACUCAUAUGAAUCAGUCUUAUCUGCUUCAUCAGCUGCUCUUUAUGAAGCUUCCAUUGAAUCAGCUGCUUCAUUAUCAAGUGCUUCAGUUGCUUCAGUUUCACAAGCUUCAGCACAAGCUGCUGCUUCAGUUGCUUCAGUGUCAUCUGUUUCAGCUUACGAUGCUUCAUUAUCUGCGUAUCAAGCUUCUGUUUCAAGUGCCUCAGCUGCUUCAAUUGCCAUCGAUAGAGCUAUUGCUUCAUCAUCUUCAAAAGCAGCAGCAGCAGCAGCCCUUGCUUCAUCCUCCUCCUCAUCAUCAAAAGCAAAACCAACAUUAUCCACUGCUAAAGGUUUAGUCGCUAUUGCUUCAGAUGCUUCAAACUCCACUUCAUCAGCACACAACACAACAACUUUACACAAUUCAACUCAUUCAUCAACCAAUGUUGUCUCUGCUAGUUUGACCUCAAUCUCUUCAACCUCAUCAGCUUCUGGUGCUCGUGCUGCUAACGUUUCAUCUUCAUCUUCUAAAGCUUUAGCUGUUGCUCAAACUAUUCCAACUGCAUUCACAGUCGGUUUCAUUGGUUUAGUCUUUGGUGCUCUAUUAUGA